GCAUUUGCUGUUUUCCAAAAACAAAACACAAUUAUAUAACAAUGCAGCAUGCAACGAGCUAUGAAAUACAUCUGAAAAGCUCCCCUAAUUUUUAAGUAGAACUACGUGCAAUGGCUUCUCUUCUUCCGGAAACUGAUCGUGCACGACCAACAUUUUCGGCUACCACUCCACAUUUUUUCAAGAUCAUCCCGAAUGACGCUUCUAGAUACACAAAACUUCGGAUUCCGGAGAAAUUUGUGAAUAAAUAUGGAGAAAAUAUAUCAAAUCCAAUACUUCUUAAGCUUCCAAGUGGUGUAGAAUGGGAAAUCCAAGUAAGAGAUUGUAAUGGUGACAUUUGGUUUGACAAGGGUUGGCCGGAAUUCUCUGAGUUUUACUCUCUUGAUUAUGGAGACUCUCUAGUUUUCCGCUACGACGGGAAUUCCAAAUUUCAUGUUUGCAUAUUUGAUAGAAGUGCCACGGAGAUUGAGUAUCCAUUACCAUUUCCGGAGGUGGAAGAAACUGAUGAAGAUGAUGAUGAAUCCGUUGAGGUUUUGGAGGAUUUUCCACCCUGCCCAAGAACAAGGCAGAAAUCUCCGUUGCCAUGUCCUCUGCCUCGCAUGAAAAAGAGAAUAAGCACUUCUUCAGGUAAAAAAUUCGGAAACAAAAGCUCUUCAAGGAGGCAUCCAUUGACCAAAAAUGAAGAAUCUAUAGCUCUUCAGAGAUGCAUUGAUUUCAAAUCUGAAAAGCCUCACUUCACGGUUGCGAUGCAGCCCUCCAACAUAUUCCAUAAAUUGAUUUUGCCUUCGGAGUUUGCCAAGAGGCAUCUUAUGCAGCAACCAACUGGUAGUGCCGUCCUUUGUGUUCCGGAUGGAGGAACUUGGCAUGUUAAAUUCACAUAUGCAAAUCAAAUAUCUCGGUUCUUGUGUGGUUGGCUGGCGUUUGUAGGAGAUAAUGAUUUGAGAGUUGGUGAUGUGUGUGUCUUUAUCUUAAUUAAGGACAUUCCACUCUCGUUUGAAGUUGUCUUUUACCGUGGUAAGUGCAAAAUGGGGAAGAUUAAUGGCCGGCAUGUUAGUCAGAGGCCUUGCACUUCAUCUUUGAGUGCUUCUGAAGUUGCCAACAAGUCAAAGAUUUCUGAUCAGGUUGCUCAAAGGCCUUCAUGUUUGAAGGCCUCAAGGGUUCUUGAAGCUGCUAACAAGUUCAUCCCAAAAAAUCCUUUCUUUAGAGCCACUGUGCGGUCACCAUCCAAGCCAAUGUAUGUACCAGCCGAGUUUGCCAAGAGAUUAAAAUUACAAAAGAAGCAAAUUGCAGCUCUUCGGGUCGGAGAGCAAUUGUGGCCUGUUAAUAUAAUUGGUUACAACAAUGAGGGAAACAGACAUUCGCACAUUUCUGGUGGGUGGCGUGUAUUUGCAGAGGAAAAUCGUUUGAGAAAAGGAGAUGUAUGCACAUUUGAGCUGAUCGAGAUAAGUGACAUUGUGCUGAAAAUUCAUAUUUUCAGAAGUUGAUUACUCAAAGUGUGUACUGUCAUUUAAAGAGGGACGCAGAGCACAGUUACCAUGUUAUGCUGCGAAAGAGACCUCAUUUGGCUGCAGUUUCAAAGAUCCAUAAAUACAAUUUGUACUUUGUAUUUUGAUAUAUUAGUAGCAUAAUAUCACUACUGUAUA